GAUUUUCUAACCUACUUAAGACGGCAGAAAGUUAUUUGAUUUCAUUAUUUACAGCGGAUAAUCACCAAAAUGAAGGUUGCUAUUAUAUUUGCUUGUCUCGUUGCCUCUAUCUAUGCUGAGACAUGUUCAAAUGAUUCCGAUUGCACAGACACAAAAUGCACAUCAGGACAUGCAUCUAAAUGUCUUCAAUUAGUCUUUGGAAGACACGAAUGUGUCUGUAGUGAUGGCGAGGCAGGAGGAGCAUGUACAGGAGCAUCAGAUUGCACUAGUACCAAAUGCAGAAUUGGCUCUGCGCACUGUGUUGACAAGUUUUGUCGUUGUUAUGGAGGAAUCGGUGGUAUCGGCAAAUAAGCAAUUAAAUAUUUCAUUUCAA